AUGCCGUGUUCUCAUACAGGUAUCCGACAGCGGAGACGGAUGGUGAAAGCUGCCCCGUCGACAUGUUCCAAAUCAUUUACAAGGUAUUGCGUAGCGCUACUAGGGUCGUUGACCGCUGUAAGCGUGGCUACUCCUGUGCUUGAUACUUUCCCGACUGUACCGUCGAGAGACGGAUAUGUGCAUGGCGGAAUCAAGGUUUCGAGGAACCUAUUAUCACCAGUUGAAAAUAUUGGGUCUACUCAGCUCCCGAAAAUAAACCUCCAUCGUCUUUAUACUCGGGCUUCGAACUCUAUCAACAAAGCCGCAAUAAUUGUCGGCGUUUGUGGUGGAUUAGCCCUUGUAUUCGCAGUGGUUGGUGCGUACUUCUUCUGGCGUAUCAGACAGAAACACCGCGACGGUACAUGUGGCUGCGAUGAAAAGGGUAUUGCCUGUAAAUAUCGCCAGAGAGUUCCGUCUAGUGCUAGUUUCGGCGAAGAAGAAGAAGAAGAGGGUGGUGAUGGUAGGAGACACAGCCGAGUGAAGAGCAGAGAUAUCUCACCACCAACUUCCCCACGGCAGAAACUGUUAAGCCCACCUCUUCACCACCAACCCGGCGACCGGAAUCGAUGGUCAACCUCUAGUUCUAGAAACAGCGGCCAGUUCUAUGAUGUCGAAGGUUUUGAGUACCCACAGAACUAUAAACCACCACCAUCAUCCUUCCGCGCUCACUCCCCAUCGGCGUCAAUGGAAUUCUUAGUUCCGGCAGCUAUCGCCAACUUGAUCAGUCCCAUUACGCCUAGGGAUCCCCUCCUUGCCCCACGCGGGAUACCAAACAACGAUGACGGCGUAACAAUAACUCCGCCACGGACACCCUCGCCAGCCAUCUUUGCAAAACGCUCCCAAUCACCACAUACUACACGAGCCUUGACCCCAGAGCCAGGGCCCAGUCAGCGUCAACUCCUCCACAACCGUGGCCGCAGCCUCUCAUUCGUAGACCUUUCCCGCUCUGACGCAGAACUUCAAGAGGACCUUGACGCCAUUGCCAGAGAACUCCAGCGCCGUCCCCGUUCAGGAAGUAUUGACAGUCGUCUGAUGCAAACGCGCUCAAAUAGUCCUCAACCACCUACUGCCUCUCAGGAUUUUAUAAUGGAACUUGAAGCAAGCCCGGGUAUGUGGAAUGAAGAUAUGCAGCGAAAUCGAGGAGAACAUGUAGUCCACGAAGCAGUUAGUCAGGAGUUCGCAGUGGAACUUGACUCGAGACCGUUGACGCUAGGUCUACCCAAGAGGACUCGAAGAUUAACAUCGCGGUUCCAGUGA